AGCGAUCGUAGGAACUCGAACGGAACAGGCGGGUAGGAUGCUCUGCGAAAAGGGAAGAGGAGCCAGGCGGAGCUCGGCAUGGAGGGGGGGAAGCCGUGAAAAGUAGGGGGCCGAGGGAUCGGUGUUAAUCGUUUAGCGAAGUCCAAAGAGAAGUUUGUCGCGGGGCGAAGAAAGGUUUUGCCAUGCCAGCAGGAGUCUUCCGGGUGUGCUUGGUGGUUAUCACAGCUAUUGUGAACCAUCCACUCCUCUUCCCAAAGGAGAAUGUCACUGUCCUUGAAAGCACACAAGAAGUCAUCCAGAAGAUGAGAGAACGUGAGGAGACCCUGAGGCUAGAGCAGCUUAAGUUGGAGCAGGAGAUUGCAAUGCACGAAGCUUUAACGAAGUCUUCAGAAAAGGUCACAGAGACAGAAAAGCAAUACAACCAAGACCCCCUCUCUUGGAAUUUCUGGACUGCUUUGUCCAUGGUGGUUUUCCUUCUGAUUGAGUUCUGGAGGCAGGACUACCAGGAAGGGAACUGGCCAGAUUAUGUCAAUGAGGAAGAUGAAAUUACAGUUCUGGGGAAAGCGUUCAAAGGGGUUAUCCUGCCAGACAAGGUCACAUUGGACCAUUUCUAUGAGAAAUGCCUCCAGACUGUGACUAGUGAUAUUGCCAGGAACCGUGAGCUUGUGGAAGGCUUUGCAGAUGACUUGUUGGAAGCUCUGAGGAGUGUGUGUAACCGGGAUGCAGAUAUGGAAGUAGAGGAAUCCAUAGGAGUUGGGAGUAUGUAUGAAAACUGGAGAGCUCACAAGCCCUUAACGUGUGACUUCAUUGUCCCUUUUACGCCUCCAGAGCCAUAUAGUUUCCAGUUUGAGACCUGGUGUUCAGGAGAAUCCGUCCCACCAGAUAAACAAGGUUAUGGUAUGAUAAAGAUUGGCCGGGCAGAUGAGAACUCGACUGGCUGUAUCUGUGACAAGACUAAGCUGGGGGAAGACCUGCUGUGCCUCCUCCAUAGCAAAAUGAGCCAACCUAGGCAGAAUAACCAGAUGGAGGACCUCCUUUGCUACAAAGACACUCGAUACCUUGAUUCUGACCAGGUUAUGACAUGGUUUCAGGUUGCACUUACCAAGGCGUGGAACAAGAUUUCACACAAGUAUGAAUUCAACCUCACUUUCAACCUUCUGGAUGCCCCUGGAGCUCUAAAAAUCAAGUUCAGGUCUGGAAAGACCAUUGCCUUCAACCUCACUCCUGUGGUACAAUAUGCUGAUUCUGAUGUAUAUUUAAUCUCUCAUUUCCCAUGCAGUAGUUUGUCAGAGAGCCCCACUGGCAGCAUUCACUGGUUUCUCACAUUUGCAGUAUACGAAAAAAGAUUCAUCCAGUUUGUUUCCAAAACCCUGCCAGCUAACUCCUGCCACCUCAGCUGUCUCCAGAUUCUGGCCUUCCUUCAUGGAAAGCAGUGCAGUCUAACGGGAGUGAGUGGCCUUACGAACUAUCACUUGAAAACCGUGAUGCUGCAUUUGCUACAGACCCAUCCUGGUGCAGACUGGGCCUGUGGAUAUCUGGAGGCCAGAUUGCAAGACAUGCUCAAAUUUCUGGAGAAAAGCUUGCAAGAAAAGAGGCUUUACCACUUUUUCAUCGGAAACAAGAAUCUGCCGGAGGAACUGGGCAUUCCUGUGGAGUUCCAAAAGGUAGAACCUCUGAACCUUUUCCGACCCUUCGUGCUGCAACGAAGUGCUUACAGAAAAACCAUGGACAUGUUUCACGAGAUGCUAAAGAACACAUCGGCUUUAAUAAAUGAGUAUACCAUGCAUGUUCCCAAUGGACGGGCAACCCCACUUAAUAAGGAACCUCUGUAGCAGUAUCUCAGAGCACUAGGAUAUGAGCAGAUCUCCCCAUGGGGGGAACUGAUACAUGCUCUGAAGAUUGGUAGAAUGGAGAUACUUUUCUCAUUUUCUUCCCAAUGUUGUUGGCUGUUAUUUAUGCAGCUUUUAAUUUUCUAGCCACUGUAUAUAACUUCGUUGUAAAUAAUAUAAGCAAGAAACAGGCUUCUAAUUUAUUCCUAUAUUGACAUUACAGUCCUUGGAAUUUGAUAGAA